AUGGACAUGUUACACAAUUUUUCCGUGCCCCAGCUGGACCACCAGGACUACGGCCGGGACAUUCUGACCGCCGAGGACCAUCAUAACCUGAGCCAUUUGCAGGCAACCCCAGGCCAGACCCAUCCGCUGGUACACCCGGACGCUCAUAACCUAUCUCCAGACGGCCACGGCCACGGCCACACUCUCGGGACCGCCGCCGCCGACGCUCAUAACCUCGCCUCAUCCACUCAUAACCUGUCGUCCACUGCCCCCUCCACCGCCCAAGACUGGCAGAGCCCCACCUAUUCGUACACAACCUCCACUCCCGAAGAUAGCCCCGGCGUCGACGACCUAUCGUUAGGUUAUGAGUUUGAUCUCGUGAGCCCGACUUACGCCACGCCGACACUGAGCGCGCUGAUUUCGCCCGUACGGGGCGGCGGCUUCUACAAGAACAAUCACGUGACGCAGUCGGUGGGGAGUCUGUCGCAGGGGUCUGUGUCCAUGUCGUUGCCCACUGGACAUAAUCUGUCGGACCUGUCCGAGCACACCGUCCAUGGCGGUAACAUGACCAACCACGUGACCAACCCCAACUCCGCGCAUGUCUAUCAAUCUGCCAACAUGUUUGAGAAGCCCUCGUCCCACUCCAGCUACGGCUCUCGGUCCAACUCCACCGGCCAUAUCGGGCUCUACAGUUCGGCCCCGUCAGUGUCGACUCCCUUGACUCCUCCGCAAUCCACUCUUUACUCCCAGACGUCGUAUUCCACCCCUUCUCUGACUGACUACAUCACGUUUGAGUACUCGAAAAACCGCACGAAAACGCAGUACAAAAUCCUGUCGCAUAUUCACACGGUCAACACGUCGGAUUUGUCAGCAGAGUUUAAAAAAGACAAUUGUAUUUACCCGCGGGCGGCUGUUCCCAAAGAGGAGUACCAGGGCAACCGUCAUCAGUACGAAACCGAGUGCAACCAUAUCGGCUGGUCCCUGGCCCAUCUCAACCCGUGCAUUCGCAAGAAACGUGGCGUCAUUCAGCGCGCCGUUGACUCGUGGCGCAACACCAACCCCAAUCCGAAAUUCCGAAGCCGACGGGUGCGGAAACUGAGCAAAAAAACUCAGCAGGCGGCCCAGGCGGCGGCCCAGCAGCAGCAUCAGCAGUUGUUGCAGCAACAGCGCAUGAUGUACGUUCCUUAUGACUACACCUAUCGUCAGUAG